AUGAGCUGCGACAUAUGCGGAAGGUCGCAUCACGCUCAGCGCCUGCCUUUCCUAUGUGCCGUGGAUGCCCGUAACCACUGUUAUGAUGGCCGUAUCAAGAACGCCCUGGCACUCCUGGAGAACGAGAAGCUCCAGAAAGAAAUUGACGAAAUCGUCAAGUCGUCGGAGAACGAGAUUCGCCCUGGUGAUUCUGCCCCGAACCACACCAUCGCCAUGCGAUACUCCUUGUCUAAGCAGCGGGCAGCCGAAGACAGGACCAGUCGCAUCAUCGAACAGGCCGAUAGGUUGAAGGCCGAGGUUGCUGCUGCGCGGGCGGAAAUUGAAAGUCGCAGGGCUGUCAUUGCUCGUCGAAGAGCUGAGCUCGCAUCUGCGUCGAAUGGCCUUGCGGCACGUCGAGCCCGUCAGCUGGAAGACACCGAGAGGUCUAUCCAGUCUCUCAAUUUCAAGUGGGAAAGGAGCGCCGACGGCAUGGCAAGGACCCGCGCCUUCUUAUGCAUGGAAGCGGCAAAACUCUUUGGACUACGCCGCCUAAAGAAGAGCAACUCUCCGUCUCCGUAUGAGUACCGCAUCGGAUCUGUGACCAUCACGGACCUUUCUUCAAUGCACUCUGCUUCCCCCGAGCAACUCUCAACAUGGUUGGCGAACGUUGCUCACAUCCUAUCACUGGCGUCUUAUUAUCUCGCCAUCCGACUGCCUGCCGAGUUAACUCUGCCACAUCGCGACUAUCCACGGCCAACGAUUUUCAAUCUUGUUUCGUCGUAUCGCCAUGAUGAUGUCGCCUUUCCUGGUACUUCACCCAACUCUCACUUCGGAGGUGGCCCAGAAGGCAGCAACAACAACGCCCCGCCUGGCCCGCGACCUCGGCCGUUGUAUGUGGACAAGACGCUCCCUGUGCUCGCUAAAGAGGAUCCAGCAACGUAUUCUAUGUUUCUUGAAGCGGUGACGCUGCUUGCGUACGAUGUCUCAUGGGCUUGCUGCACGCAGGGUGUGUCGAUUGGUGAUCGCAGCGCCUUCGAGGACGUCUGCCACAUUGGCCGCAAUUUGUAUAACUUGCUCAUUGGCCAGCAACUCCUUGGCGUUCCGACCGGGAAGAGGUAUCCAUCGCCUGGCUCUGUCGACAAGAAAGAUGGCCAAGAGGACGCAGCCAGCAUGACAUCUUGGGUAGGCCGCUAUUCCCACGGAACGGCUCGAAAUUUCCUCAGCGGUGCUGAGGGAGCGGACUUUGUGAAGAGCAUCAAACUUCCUGGUCCUCUGAAACUCGCAGACAAAUUGAAGACAAAGCUGUUAAGCGAGGUGACGGCACCAGACUGGGAAGUCCUUCAAGAAGAUGCUUGGGCCGAGGUGGAAGAUGAAGCGGAUGGUAUAGACGCAAGACAAGACAAGAUGAAAAACGGAAAGGUCGCAGGUGACUCGAACAAGGAACCCAGAGCUGUCUCAGGCUCAGGAACAAGUGGUUGGACCAAGGUUAAAAGUCGAUAG